UCCACUCUCCUUUAUAUCCGACGUGGUGAGGUGCGUUUCGGGCGCGCCGGUGUUCCUCCUCCUGGUUCUUCCACUCCGCGUCUUAGUUGUCCCACAUAUCAGUCAGUGAACUGUUUUCCACACUCCGCGCAAAAGAUAGGAGAAGGAGAAGGAAAAAAGAAAGGAGCAGAAGAGAGGAGAGAAGUCGGCGUGCCGUCGCUGAAUCCUCCACCGGGAAAGAUGCUGAGAAUAUCCGGCGUGUUGGCUCUCCUGGCUCUGGGUCUGAGCGCUUCUCACACGGGAGAUCUGUGCGUUUAAUAUCCAAGGACUGGAGGCCCCGUUCGAGGCGGUGGUUCUGAACGGGACGUCCGGAGAGGGCCAGCUGAGGGCCCGGGGCCUGGUGGACUGCGAGCUGCAGAAGGAGUACACCUUCAUCAUCCAGGCCCACGACUGUGGCUCUGGCCCCGGGGGCACGGAGGUCAAAAAGUCCCACAAGGCGGUGGUGCACAUUCAGGUGAACGAUGUGAAUGAGUUUGCCCCGGUGUUUCGUGAGCCGGUGUACCGAGCCGCGGUGACGGAGGGAAAGAUUUACGACAGCAUUCUGCAGGUGGAGGCCACGGACCAGGACUGCUCCCCGCAGUACAGCCAGAUCUGCAACUACCAGAUCUCCAGCACCAACACACCCUUCGCUAUCGACCGCAACGGUAACAUCAGGAACACGGAGAAGCUGAGUUUCGACCGGCAGCAGCAGUUUGAGAUCCAGGUGACGGCGUGGGACUGCGGGCAGAAGAGAGCGCUGCACAGCGUGCCGGUCCACAUCAACGUCAAGCCCGUCUGCAAACCUGGCUGGCAAGAUUGGAGUAAGCGAGUGGACUAUGAGCCAGGAACAGGAAGUAAGCAGCUGUUUCCCAAAAUGCACCUGGAGACGUGUGGCGGGCCGCUUUCGUCGGUGAGGACGAUAGUGGAGCUGCAGAACAACCACAUCGGGAAAGGAUGUGACCGUGAGACCUACUCUGAGAAAUCUCUGCAGAAGCUCUGUGGGGCCUCGUCGGGCAGCACUGACCUCCUGCCGGCCCCCAGCGCCUCCACCAACUGGACGGCUUCCCUGGUGACGGACAGCGGGCGGGACAGCGAUCUGAUCUUCAGGUUCGACGGUCAUCAGGCGGCUAAGAUCCCCGACUGGGUGGUACCACAGAAUCUCACGGACCAGUUCACCAUCGCCACCUGGAUGAAGCACGGACCCACGCCUGGGCUCAGAGCGGAGAAGGAGACGCUGCUGUGUAACUCCGACAAGACUGAGAUGAACCGUCAUCACUACUCGCUGUACGUCCAUAACUGCCGCCUGGUGUUCCUGCUGAGGAGAGACUUCACCCAGGUGGACACCUUCAGACCGGCCGAGUUUCACUGGAAACUGGAGCAG